AUGUACAUUGGUAUCUACUGGGUGCUACACAAUUACACUGCUUCUCCUAACACUUCUAGAGUCUGCAAGGAACUCUAUUCUUCACCAGCAGCCAUGCUGGGCAUUACAACACAGCUGGCAGAGGAGGUGAUCGCCCCAUGUAUGAGAGAGCUGGAUCACCAGGGAACCCCUUCCAGCCUGCAAAACAUGAAGAGGAGCUGUGAACGAGCUAUGUAUCACAUACAGGCUCUUAAACCAGUUGGAGUAAGUAAAUGUCAACUCCAUCCAUGUGAAGAUGACAGCAUUAAUGUGCCCAAGAUCUCCUUUCUCCCUCUUUAUUUGGAUUUUAUAUUUCACAUGGACCCUUAUCUGGGCAUCUUCUUCCUCACUCCCUUCUUCCAGUCCUGCUAUGCCUGGUCAGUGAAUAAUUUCCUGAUGACGGGCCCCAAGGCCUAUCUCAUCUACUCCAGCAGUGUGGCAGCUGGGGCGCAGAGCGGCAUCGAAGAGUGCAAGUUCCAGUUCGCCUGGGACCGCUGGAACUGCCCGGAGAGGGCACUGCAGCUCUCCAGCCACGGUGGGCUGCGCAGUGCAAACCGAGAAACAGCCUUUGUCCAUGCCAUCAGCUCUGCGGGUGUCAUGUACACGCUGACCCGGAACUGCAGCCUGGGGGAUUUUGACAACUGUGGCUGUGACGACUCCCGCAAUGGACAACUGGGGGGACAAGGCUGGCUGUGGGGAGGCUGCAGCGAUAAUGUGGGCUUUGGGGAAGCUAUUUCCAAGCAGUUUGUGGAUGCCCUGGAGACUGGACAAGAUGCCAGAGCUGCUAUGAACCUGCAUAACAACGAGGCAGGUAGAAAGGCAGUGAAAGGGACCAUGAAGCGGACUUGCAAAUGCCAUGGUGUGUCGGGGAGCUGCACCACCCAGACCUGCUGGCUGCAGUUGCCCGAGUUUCGAGAGGUGGGUACUUACCUCAAGGAGAGGUACCACAAAGCCCUGAAGGUGGACUUGCUGCAGGGAGCAGGGAACAGUGCUGCCAGCCGGGGUGCCAUUGCUGAGACCUUCAGUUCCAUCUCCAAGAAGGAACUGGUCCAUUUGGAAGACUCUCCUGACUACUGCCUGGAGAACAAGACACUGGGGCUGCUGGGCACGGAGGGCAGGGAGUGCCUUAAGCGGGGCAAGGCUCUCAGCAAGUGGGAGAAGCGGAGCUGCCGGCGGCUGUGUGGGGACUGCGGGCUGGCUGUGGAGGAGAGGCGAGCUGAGAUGGUGUCCAGCUGCAACUGCAAGUUCCACUGGUGCUGUGCUGUGCGCUGUGAGCAGUGCCGCAAACGGGUCACCAAGUACUUCUGUGUCCGCAAGGAGAAGAGGGAGCGGAGUGGAGGUGGUGGAGCCAGCCGCAAGCUCAAGAGAAAGCUCUAA